AUGCCUGUCGAUUACAGCAAGUGGGAUGCCCUUGAGCUUUCGGACGACAGCGACAUCGAAGUCCAUCCAAAUGUCGACAAGCGCUCUUUCAUUCGUGCCAAGCAGAACCAGAUACAUCAGCAGCGACUAGACCGCAAACACCGCAUCACUACGCUCAAGUACGAGAGGGUCAUUAACGAUGGAUUACUGUCGCGGAUAGAUGCUCUGUUGAAGUGCCUUGGGGCACAUAAGAAAGAAGUUGAAGGCAAGAAAGAGACUGAUGAUAUCGAUGAAGUCGUGUUUGAUGCUUUGGUGGAAGUGCAAGGCGAUGGCAGUCUGGGAGAAGAUCAGCCUCCUGCUCCGCCUCAAGGUAUUCAUGCCAAUGAGCAGCAGCCGAGUUACAGUAAGAUGAUGGGAACACUGGUCGAUCAGGUGAAGUCUGAGGUCGAUAAAGCCAAUGCUGACGGGCCUGCUCGGUAUGAGGCAUAUCUGAAGGAGGUCGCUGGUCACGAGGUAAAAGUUAAAGGCUUGCAGAAAGACCUACUAACAGAGCUGAAUAAGCUUGAGAAGGAAGAGGGCAGCAAGAUCACGAGUGACAGUAUACAUAUGGGCUUCGACACUUCACACGUUGCGAAAGCACCCGUCGUACCCGUCAAGACCGAACCAGAGCUGAUGAACCCAAAAGCCAUCAAGCAAGGUGGUGCAGAAACCGCUGGUUCAGAAGCAGACAUAGAAGACGGCGCGAUAGCAACAGUGCCGGGCGAAGAAGCAGCAGAUGAUGACAUGAAAGCCUCACCUCUCGCCAAACGUUUCGGCCGGAUACCCUACGGCGACUACCCAGCCAGUCUACGCUUCAUAAGUGAGCAUCCUGAAGUUCUCGCGGAAAAGGAAACAGAUGGCCUACUGGUCGAAGCCUUCAAUGGCCAAAGCAACGCCACUAAUCAGAAGGAAGAAGACUACGCUCGCCAAUGCGUGCAUCAAGCCCUUCUACUGCAAUACUGUCGCCAACUAGGCAAGGACGGUGUAGGUCUCUUCUUCAAACGCAUUCAGACACAAAACCAUCAAGCAAGGAAACUGUUCCUGGACGAUGUGAACACGACUUAUGCUCGAAUCCGUAGCCGUACUGCCGAAUUGGCCCGCGAACGCGAAGCCGACGGCGGCGAGCGCGAGACGAUUCAACUCCAUGCCGUUGAUCCCAAUACUACCAUCAACAUUGUCACGCCUCCAUCCCUAGCCGACUGCACGAACGACGACGAGCGCACGGCAAGAGAGAUCUUCGAUACGUUCCCGCCUGGUCUGCAGCGGGCUCUGCAGAGUGGGAGUCUAGAGAAGGUGAACGAGGUUUUGGCGAAGAUGUCGGUGGACGAGGCGGAACAGGUUGUUGAGCAAUUGGGCAAUGGAGGGAUGUUGAGUCUUGAGGAGGGCGUGAUUGAUGCUACCACCGAAGAGGGGCAAAAGCAGGUGGAGGAAAUUGAGAGGACGAGGGCGAUGCCAGGGGAGAAGAGGGAGGUAGAGGAGGUUGGUGAGCCUGGUGGGGAGCGAAUUGUGGAGUUGCCGGAGGGUGUCGACGAGAUGGAUUAG